CGCACUCCUGGUCAGCCUUGGAGAAGAGUUGUGAAGGCCGUUGAAGCUCCUCCUGCUCCCAGAAGCGUCGCACCAGGAUAGAGACGUCGUCCUCAACUCGGCAUUGGCCCUGACAGAGGAUCGAACCGUAAACGUCCGCGCCAAGGAGGAUGUCAACCGGAUCAGCUGAGCGGUAAUCAGGGUCCGCGAGCUCCAGACCCUGAAGAUGAGGCCAGUUAUGCCCGCCGCCGUUGUAGCCGCCGGCGUAGAUGGUCAGCUUCGGCAGCACCAGGGCGUGGACGGUGAUGGAAGGGCAGCCACUAAGAGACUGGAGGGCUUCGUCGUCUUAUCCUGGCCGAUGAGGGAGACGAAGAGGUCUCGGAAGGCCGGCCAAUCCUCGUAUCUUCCCGUAAAGGUCGGCAGCUGGAUUCGAGGUAGCGUGGUGCGAGGCGCCGAUGGUGAUGUCUCUGAAGUAGCAGAAGCAGCGGCGCGUUCCUUCUUCUGGAGAGUACGCCGCAUCUCCAACAUCAGGCCCUUGUUCACUAGAUAAGACUCUUCGCCGAGUGAAGGUAUGUCCUGUUUAGCAUAGACGUCAUGCUUUAUUUCGUCUACACGCUCAGCCAAGAUAUCAUUCAUCGCAUCGAACUUCUCCCACAGUUUGUCGAGAUUCAGAAGCCGGGCUUCCACUGCACCGAGUGUGAUGUUGGCCUCGCCGAGCUUACGAAGGUUAUCGUAUGCGCGCGAAAUCUUGCCAUAUAGCGCGGUGGCGUUGGUAAUUAUAGUCGUUGUGUCUGCCAUCUCUGACACUGUCUUAUUUUCAGAUGCACUGUUCACCUACACUGAAAGACUCUACGCUUCCGUGGCACCGGAUUCACAGGAGGUUCUGGAGGAUCCGGCUCGAAGGACCAAAAAUAAUGUGCGCGACGGAAGGCAGGAUAAGGAUGUCGGAAGCGAGAAGACGGCGAAGCACGACACUCGACAAACACGUAUCGUUUAAUAUAACUAUAUUUUAACUAAAAACAAAGAAAA